UGCAAAACGACUUCCGGGAAGGUGAAUACAGGCUUCCUUGGCUGCCACGUGGAGUGUACCCGCGGAAUGGAUGAACCGGUUUCCGGGGAGCUGGUGUCGGUGGCACAUGCGCUUUCUCUCCCGGCAGAGUCUUAUGGCAAUGAUCCGGAUAUUGAGAUGGCUUGGGCCAUGAGAGCAAUGCAGCAUGCUGAAGUCUAUUACAAGCUGAUUUCAUCAGUUGAUCCACAGUUCCUGAAACUCACCAAAGUGGAUGAUCAAAUCUCUUCUGAAUUCCGGGAACAUUUUGAGAAACUCAAAAUAGAUGUAUUGGACCCAGAAGAAUUCAAAUCAGAAUCAGCUAAAAAGAAGUGGAGGCCAUUCUGCUUGAAGUUUGAUGGGAGUGUAGAAGACUUCAACUAUGGUACUUUGCUGCGACUGGAUUGUUCUCAGGGUUACACAGAGGAAAAUACUAUGUUUGCUCCCAGGAUACAAUUUUACGCCAUUGAAAUUGCUCGGAAUCGAGAAGGCUAUAACAGAGCAGUUUAUAUCAAUGUUCAGGACAAAGAAAGAGAGAAAGGAGCCAAUGGAGGAGAGAAUGGAGGAGAGAAAGAAGCUGACAGUGGAGGAGAAGAAGAGAAAGUAGAGAAAGGAGCAGAUAGUAAAGGAGAAAAAGAGGAAAGAGUCACCAGAGAGGAAGAAAAAAAAACUGACAAAGGAGGA